CGGUAGCCGAUUGUUGGCUACCGAGCUGGUUAAUCACAUUUAUAUACGGUUUGGAUGUAACAAUAACCACAGGCAUUUAAUAGUCAUUUAGGAAACAUUACAAGGGAGGAAAUGAACAGUCGACUCCAAGAGAUUCGCGAGCGACAAAAACUUAGGCGGCAGCUUUUGGCUCAACAGCUGGGAGCUGAAAGCGCAGACAGUAUUGGAGCUGUGCUUAACAGUAAAGAUGAACUGAAGGAGAUUGAGGAGACAAGAGAAACAUGCAGGUCAUCACUCGAUAGCUCAGCUGCGCCUUCCAAAAGGAAGGCACAGACGGAGGGAGAGGACACAGAGGACGAUGUGGAAGAACAAAAGGAUGAGGUGGAGGUGCAGCAGCCCGACGAAAGCAACCCAUAUGAGGAGGUGUACAAGGACUCAAGUACUUUCCUGAAGGGUACCCAGAGCUUGAACCCUCACAAUGAUUACUGUCAGCACUUCGUCGACACGGGGCACAGGCCACAAAACUUCAUCAGAGACGUCGGCUUGGCCGACCGAUUUGAAGAAUACCCGAAACUUCGAGAGCUGAUCAGACUGAAGGACGAACUCAUCUCCACCACCAACACCCCUCCCAUGUACCUCCAGGCUGACCCAGAGCACUUUGACCUGCAGGAUUUGAAGUGCAAGUUUGAUGUAAUCCUGCUUGAGCCUCCCUUAGAGGAAUACUACAGAGAGUCAGGCAUCAGCCACACUGAACGUUUCUGGACCUGGGAUGAUAUCAUGAAACUGGAAAUCGAGGAGAUCUCAGCCCUGCGUUCCUUUGUCUUUCUCUGGUGCGGCUCUGGUGAAGGCCUGGACUUGGGCAGAAUGUGUUUGAGGAAGUGGGGCUUUAGGCGGUGUGAGGAUAUCUGCUGGAUCAAGACCAACAAGAAUAACCCAGGCAAGACCAAGGCACUGGACCCAAAAGCAGUUUUCCAGAGGACCAAGGAACACUGCCUAAUGGGAAUCAAAGGAACAGUGCGCAGGAGUACUGAUGGAGACUUCAUUCAUGCCAAUGUGGACAUUGACUUGAUCAUCACCGAGGAGCCUGAGAUGGGGAAUGUGGAGAAGCCUGUGGAGAUCUUCCACAUCAUUGAGCAUUUCUGUUUGGGCCGCAGGAGGUUGCACCUGUUUGGACGAGACUCAACUAUCAGACCAGGCUGGCUGACAGUGGGUCCCACUUUGACAAAUAGUAACUUUAACCCAGAGACCUACGCCUCGCAUUUUUCCUUGCCCAACUCCCACCUGUCCGGCUGCACCGAGGAAAUAGAGCGGCUGCGGCCCAAGUCUCCCCCUGCUAAGCUGAAGUCGGACCGUGGUGGCGGAGCACCCAGAGGGGGACGUGGUGGGCCAAAUGCAGGAAGAGGCGGAGACAGAGGCCGCGAAAGAAACCGACCUAAUUUCCGCGGGGACAGGGGAGGGUUCAGGGGCAGAGGAGGGCCACAUCGAGGUUUCCCACCUCGCUAGAGCAAAGAGCUCAUGGCAACCAGACUGAAGCUGUGAAUUCCCAUCUGCAUUGUCUGCAAACACAAGUUAAUUUACCACAUGAUAUUGUUAGUACUUAGUGGGUUUGAUCAAUCUUUUUGGUUUGUUUAUAUUUUUUAAUGCAUACACUUGUGAUUGAAUGGAUAUUGCCUAAAUAAACAUUCUUUACACUUUU